AUGUCUACUACAUUGGCAAUGUACACUCACAUAAAUUAUGAUAAUGUAUACUACAUUAAACAAUACGAUGACAAAGUAGAUGUGAACAUACCAGAAAGAAGCAUUAAAGGUAAGGUGGAUUAUCGACUUUAUGACGUUUUCCAUUAUUCUGUUUCCCGCAACUUUUUGAACUCUCAACUUAUCGCAAUCGUUCUUUACGACAUCGGGAUCUUUGAACUUUGCAAAUCUUGUGCGAACGAUGGUGGUGUGAUCGAUAACUUUAGGAUUGAAGAGCACCUUCCAAAUGAUGUCCCACGCGUCUGCUUCUUCUUGAGUAAACCUUCCUUCGGUGACGAAGAAGACAGCGUUGAUUUCUUCUCGACAUUCGUAGCAAGCAACAGCCAGACGGCGCAGUACGUUCUCGUGUUUCAGAUCUGUGUCUCCCAUUUCUAUUGUGUCUACGAUUUUUAUACGAUACCGGCCAGUUGCUCUGUCGACGUCGAUCGCGUGGGUGUCGAUGAACUUCGUCUCGCUUACCGACUGGUCGCUCUCGGGAAAGAGAACGCUAGGAGCAAGAGUGUUGGCACACGCCGACUUUCAAGCACCCGUUCUACCAAUAGACACAACUGUUCGCUCCAUCAGCGCCCAGACUAUGCAAUGAAGAAAGCUUCUGGAACACUACAACAAGCAGCAGUAAAACAACACGGACAAACCAAAAGUCCGAAGAAAUUUGCGUUGAUGUGCAAGGAUUACAUCUUUAUCGUCAUAACUCAAGCAUGCAAGAGGAAUUCCAACGCCAAAUACGUCAAGUAUUUCGACUGUUUCGUAAUCGGUAUAGCGCUACUUCAAUUAGUGGUUACUACUGUAGCUACGCAAAGUGUGGACUUACCGGUGCAACAAGAAUCACGUGAUAUCAAAACAAUCAAGAAGCGAAACGUGCCGCUCACGCCUAACGCUCGAUGCUCAAGUUUGUUAUCAAGGCCUCGUUAUGUACGCGCUGACGAUGCCACUUGCUGUGUACCUUCCAAUGACGCUCAUACAGUGAGUCAUCAUCUGAACGAUCUGACUCUCUAG